CCACACAUCUUAAAGUCAAUGCUAAUUAAUGUCCACUCUGCUCGAGACCACUUUAGGAAUGGCCAAGUCUGGGAUGAGGAUCUGAAAAACAUUGGCUUUGAAUGACUGAGAAAUGAGGUAAGCAGAACAGAAGAGCUUGCAUUUGGUGCAAUCUUCAUAUUCUUGGAUAAUUUUUGAAUUAUCAGAGAUGCUGAUAGUCUUUGGAAUCCAUGUAUUGCAUGCAACUAUUACUAUCUCUCUUUGAGUGCCCAUCUGUGUAAUGCCUUCUCAAAGUGAUAUAUAAAUUAAUAAACAAACAGGUGCACUGUAAGCUUUCCAGGAUCAUCUCUCUUCCAAAACACUUGCCUUUGUUUUGAUCAUGUGAUGUGGUUAAUAUUAAAAUUAUGUUUUAUGAUUUUUGUUGCAUUUCAUUUUAAUAGCUUUUUUACGCCACUUUGACAUUUGUAACAAUUAAGGGGAUAUCGACAUAUUUUAAUAAAUCAGAAACUGAAAGUGGUUCCACAGUUCCUCCAGUAUGGAUAAGGAGAAGUACAAUGCAACAGAGUUUGGUUUCCUCUUUCAUUUACUAGUCUUAGCAUAAAAAAGAAGGAAGCCGCUUCUGGAGUUCCCCACACAGCUGAGACAGAAGCACAUCUACAUCAUUCAGAAGCUUGUUUGCCUUCUACCCGCUUCCAGCUAUGAGCCAUUUCAUGGACAUCUUUCGUUCCUUGGUUUUCAUAUUUUGGACAAGCUGGGCGCUGGAAUCUCAUCCAGUUCAACCUUCUUCUGCCAGUGGCUUUCAGGAGUGCAGACAAACCCUGGGACGUCCAGCACUGGAAGUUCUUCCUGGAGGUGGCUGGGAUAAUCUACAGAAUCGAGCUAUGGGGAGAGUGAUCCACCUGAAUUACUCUUUGUGCAGGACUACAGAAGAUGGAGCUUACCUCAUCCCCAAUGAUGUCUUCACCAUUCCCCUUAAAGAGACCUACCUGGAGCUGAACUCUGAAAUCAUAGAGUCUUGGAUGGAUUAUCAGUCUGCCACCUCUGCUUCCAUCAAUGCUGAACUGUCCACUUCUUUUAUCAAUGGUAAAUUCUCCAGUGACUUCCGCUGGAUGAAAACCCACCAAGUGAAGGACCAGACUGUGACCACCAGAGUUCAGGUCAGAAAUCGGAUGUAUACUGUGAAGUUUGACCCUGCAGCCAGAUUUGAUGAAGGCUUCCAGCAGCAGCUUGUAGCCAUCGCUAGCCACCUAGAGAACAACCAGACGCGAGCAGCUGACUAUUUGGCAGAAAUCUUGGUGUUAAAUUAUGGCACUCAUGUGAUCACUGGUGUGGAUGCUGGAGCAAGUCUCAUCCAAGAGGACCAAGUCAGGUCUACCUUUGUGAAAGACAGCAAGUUCAUGAGAAGUUCUAUCACAGCUGCUGCUGGAGUCUCUUUCCACAAAGUUGUAAACUUCCAAAGUAGCCUUUCAGUAGGUAUAGAUGAUUCGUUCAUCAAGCAGUAUGAAGCCAACCGCACCAACUCUAGGGUGGAGAGCAUUGGGGGGUUGCCCUUUUAUCCUGGUAUUACCCUGAAAACCUGGCAAGAGAGCAUUCCCAACCGUCUGGUAGCCAUUGACCGUUUUGGCUUGCCUUUGGAAUUUUUCAUCACCCCAGAAAAGCUUCCAGGAUUACCCAACCCCAUUGUGAAGAGAUUGUCCAAGACUGUAGCAUCUGCUAUCACUCGCUAUUACACUUUCAAUACUUACCCGGGAUGUACCAAUGCAGCUUCACCUAACUUCAACUUCUAUGCCAACAUGGAUGAUGGGACUUGUGAAGGGACAGGGAACAAUUUUACUUUUGGAGGAGCCUACCAAGUGUGUGCUCAGCUGGAAGGACCUGAUGCUGCCACACUCUGUGCAGGUCUGGCACAGAGGAACCCACUUACUGGAGCCUAUUCCUGCCCCACCGGCUAUAUUUCCAUCCAGUUGGGAUCCCAGGAACUUGAGGAAGGCUAUAACCACUGGGACUGCCAUAAUGAUUGCUUUGUUUGGAAGCUAUUUUGCAAGAGGGUUUGCAAGGACAUUUUCACACUCUCUAAAGUGCAGUUUAGCACCUACUGGUGUGCAGCAACAGGCAUAGUCCCCAAAAACUCAGGAUUCCUCUUUGGGGGUCUUUUUAGUACCAAGAAUAAUAACCCCAUGACCAAUGCCCAGUCUUGCCCUUCCAUGUAUUAUCAGCUGAAGCUUUUUGACCAGCUCAAAGUCUGUGUCAGCCGUGAUGAAAGGGGACAGAGGUACUCUGUGCCCUUUGGAGGGUUCUUCAGUUGCCAGGUAGGCAACCCAUUGGUGGGCUUCCACAAUGGAACAGAUAAUGACCCCUACGCUAAAAGGUGUCCAACAGGAUUUAGCCAGCACCUGGCUCUAAUCAGUGAUGGAUGUGAAGUGGACUACUGUGUCCCAGCUGGGCGCUUCACAGAAGGGUCUCUACCUCAAGCUCGGCUCCCACCCUUCAGUCGCAAACCUACCAUAAACCUCAUUGAUACUGACACCAUCCUGGUGAUGAAUAGCAACAGUGGCCAAACCUGGAUCAAGAACUCUCAGACUCAUCUCUGGAAGAUAGGCAACCCUGAUGAAGUGUACCACAGUAUGAAGAAAAGUAUGACUACUGGUGAGAGUCUAUCCAACGGAGAAGUAGCUGGGGUUGCUCUUAUUGCCACUGUGGGCUUGGUCAGCCUGAUCAGCCUGGUGAUCUGUGGGUGCAGGAGGUACAAAAAGAAGGGGUACCAUGAGAUAGGGGAAGAAGAGAGUGCCAUGAUCUCUAGCAGUCCUGAUGGCCUCAGGAAUGAAACAGUGGAUAUGCCUCAACAGCAGGAAAGUCCAAUAGUUUAGAGAUGUGUGUGCCUAUGCAUAUGAUCCUACUUAACUGUACCAGCCUCCCAAUACCUGAAACCCUCCAGUUGUGUUGCACAGCAAGCCCUAUUAUCCCUAACUAAGCCAUCUUGAUGGCCCUAGUGGUUAGGGAUGGUGAGUUAAAAUCCAACAUUUCUGAAGGGCACAUGGUUGAGGAGGGCUGAAUGAUACUAUCUUCAGGUGUUUUGCAGUGAAGUUUUGAAGAAACUAUUACAAGAAUAAUCAUGAGCUUCUUUUAACUAACUUUCCUCUUUUCCUUAAGUCUUCUGAGCAACCAAAUGGGAAGAUGGGAAUGAUAUGGAAUGUAUUUUCCAUGAAAUAAGAAAUGAAAGCUUAGCAGUUACCAAUCUUGACUACAACUCCCAGAACCCCCAGUCAGUACAAGGGAUUCUGAGAGUUGCAGUCCCAAAAGUAACCUUCCCAAACUCUAUCAUAGGAAGCUACCUUAGGUUGGACCAUUAUUUGAUAUUCACAUUAAUGGUAGGAAAUAUGAAGUCAUAGAUGGAGUCCACUGCAGCCUGUAGGACUCUCCACCAAUCCUCCAAUCUCCCAGCCCCCCACAAUUUUCUAGACAAAGUCCCCAAAUGUGCAACAAAAAGAUUUAAAGUAUUUUUAUGCAUAAGGAUAUUGCUGUAGGGGACCCCUCCCCCAGUUCAAAAUUGCAAGAAUUCCUCCCUCCUGAAAUAUUACAAGGAACUCCCAAAUGGCAGUCCAUCUCUAGUUUACACAAUAAGCAGCUGUUUGCCAGAGUUUCAGGCAGGCGCAUAUGUCCACACACAGGACUUUUUUGUGAGGUUGGGAUAGGAUAUGCCUCUGUUCAUUUUUAUGCUCUUUCUCCUGCCUGUGAGUCAGUACUUCAAAUAAAAGUGGAAGCCGCAGUGUCAUGAGACUGUCACGGGCAUUCAGAUGAAAGAGGUACUUUGAUCCCAGAGUAUUUCCUGUUCCAUGAGUUAUCUGAUUGAAAGGGUGGGGAGAUCACUAUGGGUGUGCAGCUCAUCCUGGAGAAGGGAUUCCUUUCUAUACCCUCUGCUGAAUAUUUUAUUUGAAGAUAGCACCCUUGGUUGAGGAUCCUGAUUUUCAAGGACAACUCCCGCAGGCUGUGCCAGGUUCAAAGCAGACUGAAAACAGUGGCUGCCCAUUUUAAGCUGCUGACAAAGUCUUUGUGAUAGAUUCAGGUUGUGCUCUUGUGCAUCCACACUGUCCCUAAAUGAGGAAUUAGGAGUAUAAAAUGUUACCUGCAUCCAACUAGAAGGGUGAAGUUCUGGAUGACUCUGCUCCAGGCAGACACACUGAGUACAGCACUUUUUCAUCAAGUAAGUACCAUCAGAAUAGUUUUGGCAAAGGCAUGACCUGAUACGGUGGUCUCUACAUCAGUGCCACAGCAACUUCUCAAGAACUUACUUCUGGUCCACCUCCUGCAGACUUACAUACUUACUUAUGUGAUCCCUCAUAGCUCGAGGAUGAUGGUCCUCCAGUGUAGUGCCUUGGCAGCGGAUGCGUAGGUGGCUGUGGAGACCUAUUCUUGACCCUCAUGUUCUUCCGCAGUGAAGACAUAGGUUUCCAGACAGAAAGCAGUCCCGGUCAGGGUUAGCUUGACGCGCAUUCCUCUUGGCACGUUUCUGCCUUUCGCCCUCCAUUUGCCUCUUCAAAUUCUGCAGCACUGUUGGUAACAGCUGACCUCCAAUUAGAGCACUCAAUGGCCAGGGCUUCCCAGCUCUGGUGUCUAUGCCACAGUUUUUACAUUUUCCAUUCUUGAGUUGGGAGUAUAGCAACUGCUUUGGGAGACGGUGAUCAGGCAUUCAAACGUGGCCAGUCAAGUGGAGUUGAUGGCAUAGGAGCAUUGCUUCAGUGCUGGUGGUCUUUGCUUCUUCCAGCAUGCUGACAUUUGUCUACUUGUCUUCCCAAGAGAUUUGCAGGAUUUUUCGGAGGCAACACUGAUGGUAUCUUUCCAGGAGUUGAGUGUUACAUCUGUAGACAGCCCAUGUUUUGCAUGCGUAUAACAGGGUUUGGGAGGAUAAUAACUUUAUAAACAAGCACCUUGGUGUCCCUAUGGAUGUCCUGAUCCUCAAACACUCUCUGCUUCAUUUGGAAAAAAACUGCACCCGCAGAGCUCAGGUGGUGUUAUAUUUCAGCAUUAAUGUUGACUUUUGUGGAGAGGUGGCUGCCAAGGUAGCGGAAAUGGUCAACAUUUUCUUACACCAUUAAGGUGUAUUCCUGCAUUGCAGAGGGAUUGGCUGGUGCCUGCUGAAAAAGCACUUUGGUUUUCUCAAUGUUCAAUGAGAAGCCAAGCUUCUUGUAUGUUUCUGCAAAGACGUUUAGAGUGGGACCUCUAAACACCUGCUGCAGAGCAUCCCUAUGUGGCCUGAAUGUGUAUUGAGAUGUGUGUAGGAUCUCUAUGCUGGUAUUUGUCAUUCACUAUCUCACAAGAUGAGCAGAACACAUCACGGGAUUUCUGCUUUUAUAGUAAAGGAGCUGAUCCUUCUACCAUCAACUGAGCAUGGGAGAUGCUGUCCUUUACAUGCGUCCAAAGGAUCUAUGUAUCAAUCUAGCUAGUGGACUACUUUGGCAAGAUAGGUCAAAAGUGGUGACAGACCCAAACUCCAGUCAAGACAGGCCAAAGUCGUCUUGCCAGAGAUUCUACAAGUCAAUCUUUGGGGAAACUGGUGUGUAGCCACAUCCAGGGAACCGUUUUUUGGUAAUCUAGCUAGUGGACCACUUUAGCAAGAUAGGUCAAAAGUGGUGACAGACCCAAACUUCAGCCAAGACAGGCCAAAGCCAUCUUGCCAGAGAUUCUACAAGUCAAUCCUUGGGGAAAUCGGUGUGUAGCCACAUCCAGGGAACCGUUUUUUGCUAAUCCCUACCCUAACAAAAAUCUUAAGAGAUUACUUCCCCGCCUCUUGCAUCCCAUUGCAUUUUAAGACCCACUAGACUCUCUUUGCAUGUCUCCAGCAUGUAUAUCCUUAGAAUUUCUCUCUACCGCCCUAUUCUUUUAUUAGCACUCUUAGUACCUGUGUUUAGCUACAAUUGUGUGCAAAGGUUGCAAAAUCUGCUAGCCCAGCAGAGACUGCCAAGCUUCUUUUUGCUUGAGUCUCUAAAGUAGCUGAACAAUACAACUUGACAAGGACACUUCCUCUGCCUGCUUCCAAAAGUAAGAUGGAUAAUGAUGAAGACAGAGCAGUCUCUGAAUUCUUACAUUUUACAAGCAGAAAUGUAGAAGUGAGAGCCGAGUAAGUAUAGGACCAAACCCUAGUGUUUGUAGUAACACUCAGUAGAAUAGAUUUGCAAGAGAAAGGCUUAGCUAGCUGUGGAAGGAGCUACUGAGAAAGACGGCAUGCUUAUUGUCACAUGUCCCUUUAAGCUUAGAGGGACAGGAAAAGCAACAGAGGAAUGUUCAGGGAGAGAAUUCAAAGUAACUUAAAGGCUUAGCUCUUGUUCAGUCUCACAAAGUAGUGAGAGGCAGAGAAGGAGGAAAAGCUGAAAGGCCUUUUAUCUUUCCACAGGAGUUUCUUAUUCCCUGGGUCUACCCCACAAGCAAAGCUUUCAGCGCACAAAGCUAGUGCAUUAGUACAAUUUUUAUUCUAUCGAGAAUUGUUUCUGCACGUUCCAUCAGUAGCCAAGACUCCAUUAGGGGAAGGCAUAUCCUCAUGGUGAGGGAAGGAAGGGUGGCAGGAAAAUGAACUCUUCCACCAUGUGUCAAGCAGCCUGCCAUUCAUUUGUCUGUAAAUCACAGGUUAUGUAAAGUAUAUUAUGACUUUGCUUUUAUUUGAUUCAUUAAAAUCAACUCCAUGUAUAACAAAAUAUUAAAAAAAUACCUCAGAAGACAAAAAAAA